AUGUACUGCCKUACGUUGCUGAAAAUUAUUGUGCUCUUCCGAUCUGCUUUCUUUAACCUGCCCUUUAAAAAGAUAGAUAUAGACACAGCUCAUGUUCCUUCGGAGAAGCCGGAAUCCUUUGCAUCCAUGUUGAGACGCUCCCCACUAAUUCAGAUGGGACCUGCCAAAGAUAAAAUCGUCAUUGGUCAGAUAUUCCACACGGUGGGCGACGACCUCUACAUCGAUUUUGGGGGCAAGUUUCACUGUGUGUGCAAAAGGCCGGAGCUAGAUGGGAAAAAAUACCAGAAAGGAGCCCGCGUACGGCUGAGACUGCUGGAUCUGGAGCUCACAUCUAGAUUCCUGGGCGCCACAACGGACACGACUCUGCUGGAAGCUGAUGCAGUGCUUUUAGGGCUCCUGGAAAGCAAGCAAACAAARCAAAAGGAGUGAAAUUCAUAUAAAUAAAACCAGUUUAUGUGCCUGGAGCGAGUUAUACUAAUUAAAUGUUCCCUCGGGAAGUGACUGAAAAGUUCCUUUCCUCUUGGCUAUGUAAAUAGUGAGAUCAAUAAAAGACAGUAAAUACAUGGUACAUUAUUCUCAUUUUUUUAUUCACUUUUAUUCACUUGCUUUUAUAUUUACAUCUCAAGAAGUCCCUUUAGGUAGUGUGAGCUAAUUGUUUGCAUAUUCUUGCUUAAAAAAUUCCAAAGUUUCCAAAGUCUCAUUCCAAAGAAAUGUGAUCAAAAUCACUGUGCUUCCAUGUAGGAAUUCCAGAGCUUCUUCACCAAACAAUGCUGAGGAUUCCUGAUUUCAGAGUUACAGUGCAGAAUUUGUACAGCCAGUAUUGGUAUUAAUCUGUAUUACAAUACCUGCUUUUAUCUCUGUCAUAUCUUUUUGCAGCAUUUGCUAUCUGAGAGCUUUUCUUCUGAUUUCUGGUAUAUGCAAAUCUUAAUUCUGCAUACUUAUUUG